AUGGCCGCCCGAAGCGCCGCCAUGCCGGGCGACAGCGUGUCCUUUGAAGCGCUGCUGGAGAAGCAGUGGCCGGCGACGGCGCCGACGCCCGCGGGCCGCCACGUGCCCAAGAAGCCCUUCCUCAAGAAAGGAGCGCGCGGCUGGUGGAAGGACAACAUCCCGGCCAAGAGGAAACCAUACGUCUUGACGAGCGAAGUCCAUGAGCCCUCGGCGCCAGCUGCGUCUGCUCCGCGUCCAAGCGCCCCAAGCAAGGUGGACGCGAGAAGCCGCCUCGACACGUCGGUGCGGUCCGAGCCAUCCAUGGACCUCAUGCAAUCGUACGACUGGAAGAUGCAGCAGGAUGCAGACGACCUCGAAGAGUUCGAGUACCUCGAGCAAGCGAUGCUCGCGCAGUCGAGCCCGGCGAAAGAUUCGUUUCUUGACGACUACGAAGAUGGCCGCUUGGCGCCAGAGCUCCUGCCGCGCCAGGACCAAGACGACGCGCCCGCGUGGGAGAAGGCGCUGUACGGCUCCGAGGACAAUGCAGACGAGUCGCUGUUGUUUGACGAGUGGCGCAAAGGCAUCCUCAAGAGCGACGAGCCAGAACUCCACUUUUCCUCUGUCCACGUGCCUGCGCCCGACGAGAACGACCAGGCCUUGCACUAUGGCAGCCUCGACAUGAGCGAGCUCAGCGUCGCCGACUCGGAGCCGUGGGACGAGGACGCUCCUGCCCCACCGGCAUCGCCGCCCGCGCCGUCCCUCGUCCAGCAACUCUUUCAAAAGCCUCCGCCCGCUGUCGCGAGCAAGCCAGCGCCUCCAUCGUCGUCGCUGCAGACGCUCAAGCUCAAGCUGCAGCAAAAGGCCACCGUGGUGCCCAAACCAAAGCCAGCGAAGGCCAUGGCGGCGCCAAAGAAGAAGGCAGAGCCGACGCCGCCCCGCACACCGACAUCGACAUCGAUCAUUCCGUCCGUCAUUGACGACAAGCUCCACGAGCUCGAGAACGAGGUCAAGCACUACAAACAAGAGACGCUUAAGCUCCAAAAGCGACGCGAAGCUCUCGAAGCCGACCAGCGCAAGCUCGAUGUCGCGAGAAAAAAGAAAGCGCAGGACGAGCUCGAGACCGAGUGGAAGCAGGUGCGCAAGGAAAAGCGCAGUUUGGACCAAACGCUCAAGAUGGGCGUUGGGCUCCUCCCCGACCGCAAGGAGCGCGCAGAAGUCGACGCGCUAAAGGCCCAGAUUGUCAAGAUGAAGAUGGACGAGACGGCCAAAGCCAACAAGCAAAAGGCUGCGAUGGAGUUUUUCCGCCAGCGCAUUGCGGAGCUGGAAGUGCGCAACCAAGAGCUCCGGGACGAGCUCAAGUUUAUGGAGCAAGAGCGACUGGCGCACUGGAACUGGUCACCCGAGCCAUCGACAACAACGACGACCAAGAUGCCGCCUUCAAAACCCACGGACACCGACGACGACAUGUCGUACGACCCUCAAGUGUACCAAGCCGAUCCUCCCGUGACGCCAGAUCUCGACGCAUCGCGUUCCAGCAAAGACGAGAACGUGCUCGGAUGGCAGUCGAGUUCCAUGGCCGCACGCGCAUCGUCCGUCUCGCAUGGGUACGAUGCGUCGGGGGUCGUGCCGCCGCCGCCUGCCGAUCCACCCGCCGUCAUGUCGUCCGUGGAAGAGAUUCGCCACCCCAAGGGCAAGCUGGAGCGCCGCUUUGCAUUUGGGCCGAUCGCCAAGACCUUUGUGUUUGCCAAUGGCACCGAGAAGGACGUGUUUGUCGACGGGCACUCGGUCGUGCGCUUCGCCAACGGCGACAUCAAAGAGACGUACACGAGCAAAACGGUCUACUAUUACGCCGCCGCGCAGACAACGCACACGACGCUCUCGGACGGAACGCAGAUCUUCGAGUUUCCCAAUCAGCAGGAAAUCUCGUUCGUCGAUGGCACCACCAAGCGCAUCGAGGUCAAUGGCGACGAGGUGAGUCUCUUCCCGGAUGGCACACGCAUGCUGGAGCAAGCCAACGGCUUCCGCGAAGUCACCAACCCGGAUGGCACCAAGGCCCGCGACUACCCCGACGGCCGCACGACGUGGGUCACUGCCGCCGGCGUCGAGACGGCCGUGCUUCCGGUCGGGCUGUCGCCCAACGUUAAUCGUCGCCAAUAAACCUCGUCGUAUCGGC